GGCACGGAUCCUGGGCCCUGGGGUGUGGCCGGGCGUCGAGGUAGCUGUGGGGACUUCGCCCCAGAGGUGCAGGCCAGCCGCCCAGGGGUCUGCAGAUGGACAGCAGGGAGUGCUCGCUUAAGGCGCUCUUGAGGAAGAAGGCAGAGUCGCAGCCUUCCCAGGAGAAGGGGCAGCCCUCGGGGCCACCAAGUCCAGCGAUGGCCUGGGGCCCACUAGGUGCCCAAAGCAGCAGUCAGCAGGAGCCGCAGACUCAGGACUGGGUGUGCGAGCCGCAGGACAGCUGGCGCCGGAGCCGCCGCCGCUGGAGCGUCAGCAUAGAUGAGCGCCGGAGGCUGGCUGUGCUGGGCCGCAGCGAGAAGCCGGGCGUCGCGGGGGCGCCCGCCUCCUGCAGGGACCUCGCGCGGAUCGUGGCCCAGCUGGUGUCCGAGGACGUGGACAAGGACGUGCUCUUCCCCCACCCGCCGAGGUCCUCCGAGUCCACCAACGCCUUCCAAGCCUUCCUGGUCCGGAGCAAGCCUUUCUGGCACAACGUGGCUCUGGAGGCCCCGGCCUCGAGGUCGCCGCCCUCCUAA